ACAGUGAUAGAGUUAUUGUAUAGAGUUCCCUGCUUCCUCCGUUCGCGCUGUACAAUUAGGCGCUCAGGUGCGAUUUUCGAGGGUCGGUUGUGCUCAUUAUCCGCUCCUCGAUGUCUUCCUUGAAAUCCCUGGGACUGCGACUUCCUUUCCGAGCCUCAUCGUCGCAUGAAGAAGCAGCAGAGACUCCGGACCAUUUGUUUUCAUUGAAACGGAAUGCGAUCCAUGCUCUCGGAAUUCUGAGCAACUUGGAUGAGCAGCGGAAGAACGCCUCGCACUACUGUGACGUUCAGAUAAUCACAUCUGACCAGAGGGAUCUCUGGGCACAUAAAGUCGUCGUCGACGUCUUUACCAACUAUUUCGACGAGCCGGGUCGUUUCGUAUUGGAUCAUAUCGACUCUAAGACCAUGGAGGCUUUUCUCAACUACAUCUACACCGGUGAUCAGCCUAAGCUGGAUGCCGAAAACAGCCUGAAGAUCAUGAUAUCCGCGCUGGAGCUUGGGCUCAAGCAGACUUUCCGAUUUGCUAUAAGUUACUGCGUGGAGAACCUUUUCGAGGUGAUGUCGGGGGAAUACUUCUGCUCAUUAUCCUACGAGACUCUCAGUAGCCUCCCACUGUUCGACGAGAGCUAUCUUCUGGAUAAGCUGAAAGAAUCCAAAUACCGUCGGAUAAUGCAUAAAUGGAUCUCAAUCGACCCCGAGGCCCGCUUGGGAUACCGAAACGACAUGGAAAACUUGUUUUCGAAGCUAUGGACGCAAGAAGACCAUGAACGGGCGCUGGCUCUCGGUGUCAAUGAGCAAGGAUUGUUCAAUUUCGUUCAAUUCAAUCCCCAGGAUCGGAUUUGGUAUCCCUGCGAGUUCUCAUUCAAGCCCGCGGUGGAAACCGCUCUCUCGAAAGUUGUUCAGAUGGGUCUCUACAAGACGGAGCACUUCGUAUUCCGAGACUCUUCUGAUAAUGUUUAUUAUUCGUCGACUCAAUUCAAACGGAUGCAGAACAAAAGCUCAACUCUGGGUACUUUGGUGGGCUCUCAUUGUGUGUCACUGCGGCAGAUCGAUGGUCACAUCUACGCGUUAUUCGACACGUUCAAAAAAUGGAACGGCGAGAGUCGGAAAUUCGAGACCGUCAUUCCGAAAGACGUUUUCCACCAACUGGAGGUGAACGUGCGAGACUUCACGAUAGAUGACAGGAACACCAAUAUAUACUUCUUGUGUGUGUCCCAAACUGACCCGAAUCGCACGGGAAUCCUCACCUACGCGCACAAUCCUGAAAACCCGAUUAUGGUGGCCUACGCAGGAUUGGCCACGGCGACGAGUAUUCUGACAGCAGGCGACGAUCAUUUGAUAGUAUACGGGAAUUCAGCGGCGAGUGCGAGCUUCCCCGAAGGCGAUGUCUUCGUGUACGACUUGGCGCAGAAGAGGUUCCACCAAGAUCUCUAUCUGAAUCAGAAGUUCAACGCUGAGGGCAGCCUGUUCCGGCUCAACAGUAAAAUAUACUCGCUCGAGACGACAAAGAAGGGUGACGAGAGGUCGCAUUAUCGAGUUCGGGGAUUCCCCCUCAAAUACGACCAUCGCACACUUGAUUCAGUCGAUAGGGUUGAUGAGAGCAUAUCCUCCAUCAAGGCGGUUUGCGUCUGUCCACGGAAAGCCUACUAUGACACCGUUUAUGGCUCUCACCAUCCCACUACUAGAUUCCUUUCGAUCGGAAUCGGAAAAUCCCUCAAUGGAGUGGAGUAGAGACCCCGGAUGCGAUUAUCAUGCGCGAUUACCGGAUGCGAAGCUGGCUGUGCUAAGAGCGUCGACUGGAAAACCAAUCGUGACAGGAGAACAGGCUUCCCGUUCACGAUCUCCAUCAAUUCAUUGCCGUCAAUCAUGAACCACGACGUAUCGAGGAAUUAAUCCCUUGUGUGAAUGAAAUGGGUCCAAGCUCCCAUGGAUGGGACUGACUUGCUAUCUUUGAUAUCGAUCUCGGGAAACUAGAUGAGAGA